UUCUCGAAUUCCCCAGUUUGAACCUGACCUAGAGAACUGCAGAAUGCCUUGGAAUCCUGCCCCCACUGCACCACGGUGUCCAGCAUGUAAAACAUCAGUUUUUCCUGCUGAAGCAGUCAUGGCUGCUGAUCGUAAACCAUUUCACAAGCAGUGUGUUAAAUGUGUCAAAUGUAAGAAAUCUCUAAAUCCGUCAACAAUCAACGAACACAAGAACCAACUAUUCUGCAAGAACUGUUAUGAUGAGAUAUAUAUGCCCCAGGAGUACUGCUCUGGUACCUACGGAGGUAUUAUUACUCCGGAGGAUAUUAAGAGAAGAGAGGAGGAGGAGAGGAAAAGGUUGGAGAGAGCGGAGAGAGCUAAACGAGAAAGAAGAUGUCCAACCUGUGACAUGAAGGCUUAUCCUGAAGAUUCUGUCCAGGUUUCAGAACUUUUCUUCCAUAAAAUCUGUCUCAAGUGCUCCGAAUGUGGUAGGUCUCCUGAUGAGAAUACUCCAAUGAUGAUGGGACCUAAGGAUCAGGAUAAUGUAUUCGGAGAAGAGGAUCUACAACCUUACUGUAAAUUCUGCUUCGCCAAGAAGUUCAAGGUUUCAGCGAUAGAUAUUGCAGAGAUGGUUGCGAUUGCUCCGGAACUGGUUGGGAUGGGAUUGUGAACUGUGAUACGGAGUCUGAUAUGAAUAUUGUUAGAAUCUAGAUAUAUUUGAAAUAUAUCCUGGGAACUUGGUGUA